AUGUGUUUCGAAGGAUUCCAAUUUAUGAGGUACCUACAAUGGCAAUUGAAAAAACCCAGGCUAUUUGAAUAUCUUUCAGCGAAUGAUACACCCAAUGAGAAGAACACUAUAGUUAGGUGUAAACGUGGCGAGUGUCGGACAGUAUAUUAUGAGGAAUUGGAGUGGCUACCGAAUGGGAGUAAGUUGAUAAAGGAAGCAGGCCAACCAUAUUCAAAACCCACUACUUAUACUUCGUUUACUUGCAGUCAAGACACGUUACCAGAAUUAUCAAGCGAUCCAAUAAGCCCUUUAGAGGAUAAGAUGAUACUUGCUAAACUUGGCUCUAAACGGGAAAUUGAACUGGAAGCGCACUACAUAGAAGAUGAGGAUGCAGAAGAACUUGUGAAGAAACGUCUUGAUAAAGUAUUUGACGUUGAAGAUAUUGGCCAUGGUAAUAAAAGGGCAACUGUGGCGAGACCGCGAGAUUGCAGACUGUGUCGUGAAUGCGUUAGGGGGGAAGGAUGUGAGGAGCAUGUGGAAUUGUGUCGUGUCAAAGAUCAUUUUAUAUUCAUUGUUGAAUCUACCGGAGUACUACCACCAGAGGUGCUAUUUACAGAAGUUGUCAAGAUCUUGGAAGACAAAUGUGAGCGCGUAAUUAGUGAGAUCUCUUGA